AUCCACACUCGACCUCCCCACUCCAACUCGCACAAUCUAACCCUCUACUUUACGCGUCAACACCAUCACCAUGGACGAAGAUCUCAUCGCCUUCGGCAUCUUCAUGCUACUCUUCCUGUCCUUUCCAUUUCUCACCGUGGUCAGCAUAACCGGCUGCGUCGCAUACUCGCGCACCAAAGCCUGGGACAAGGCCCGCAACCAGCGCGCCGUCAGCCUCGAGUCGUCGGAGACCAACCGGCUUGUUGCCCAAGACGACGACGAGUCAGACUACUAUGACACCGAGGAUGAGGAGGAGCACAGCAAGCGCCAGGCCGAAGAGGAGGCCGACAAGGACAUUUCCUUCAACCACAAGUUCCGCAAGGAGUUUAGGAAUGUCUGGAUGGGCAAGGGCAAGGCAGAUGUCCUGAAGCAGAAGGAGCGCGAGGAGAGGAGGAAACUAGCAAAGGCUGUGGCAAGGGAGCUGGAUCGCCGAGACCGCAGGAAGGCCAGGGCUGCCAACAGAGUCCAGUCUUCUGAGGACCUGCCUGCCUACACCAAGGCUUAGCAAGCGCCGUUUUGUGGUUUGCCUCUUGUGACAGCAGUAUGACUUGUGUACUGCCAUGUGCGAGGGGUAGACAGCUUUCUCUUGGCUACAAAUUGAUACCCUUAGUCUUCCAAUCCAUGUGUCCGUUUCUACCCCUGCCGAAUAUAGUCUCUAUCCAAC